UGCGCAGUUAACUGACCUUCUCCGUGCGGCUGCGGGCUCGUCCUGCUGCAGACGAGGACUUUGUGUUGUGUUGUGUUGUGAACUGUCAAACUCAUUUUGGUUAGUUUCGGUGAACUAAAAGUCGCACCAUGCCCGGCGUGGUUGAGGUUCCGACGUUGCGGGAACUGAACGUCGAAGAGGUCAAUGUGUCGUCAGCCGUACUGAAGGCGGCUGCUCAUCAUUAUGGUUCUCAAUGUGACAAGGCCAACAAAGAGUUCAUGCUGUGCCGCUGGGAGGAGAAGGACCCCAGAAAGUGUCUGAAAGAAGGGAGGAAAGUCAAUGAAUGUGCAUUCAACUUCUUCAGGCAGAUAAAGGGGAACUGUGCCGAGUCCUUCACAGAGUACUGGACCUGUCUGGAUUACUCUAACCUGGCUGAGCUGCGCCAUUGCCGCAAGCAGCAGAAGGAGUUUGAUAACUGUGUGCUGGAGAAGCUGGGCUGGGAGAGGCCAGAGCUGGGAGACCUGUCCAAAGUGACCAAGGUGGCAACCUCUCGGCCCUUGCCUGAAAACCCCUACCUUUCAAGACCAAGACCUGAGCCCAAUACUCCAAUUCAGGCUGAGCUACAGCCAUCCAAGCACGGCAGCCGCUUGUUCUUCUGGAACUGGCAAAGAGGGGCAAUCGCUGUCCUAUUAAUAUCAUAUUCACCAUCUACGUGCUUCUGACCAGACGAGAGACAGUGUGCAAGUGGUUGCACUGUAAUCCUUAUGUAUUGUGUAGAAAUGUUAAUAAAUUGUUCAUUCAAAACAUGUUAUCGAAUUAAAAAGAUUUAAUUUAAA